CUUCCCUCCCCUCUUUGAAGGGUUUAAUGUUACACCCACAGAAGAGCUUUACCUGUCCAGGUGAACCACAGUGUUGAAAGUGAACUUUGCUAAAGAUGUUACCAGAUCUUCUUUGGUGAUGACCUCCUGACCAGAUCGACCAUGACAUACUAGGUCUUGCCUAUCAAAUGCUGACAGCCUGACGUUGCCACGGCGAUGGCCGAAGCUUCUCCUGCACCGAUCCCCCCAUCAGGCAAUGAAGCCUUGUCCCCGCCUCCUGCACUGUGCUCAUCAUGUGGCCACUGUCACAAACUGGAGGAGAAUCACGAGUAUGUUUACAUGGAUGAGGUGGACGAUGACCUCGUAUGCCACAUCUGCCUGCAGCCACUCAUCAGGCCCCUGGACACGCCCUGCGGUCACACCUACUGCCAGGAGUGUCUCACCUGCUUCCUGCUGGAGAGCGAUUUCUGCCCAGUGUGUCGCAUGCCCCUCAUGUUGCAGAGCUGCAGGAGGCCCAGCCUAAUGGUGCACAAGCUGCUCGACAAGCUGAUUGUAGGCUGUCCCUUCACCGAUCAUUGCACAGAAAUCCUGCCCCGUGGUGAGGUUGAAGACCACUUAAAGAUCAGGUGUAAAGGAGCCUCCCAUUAUGGGCUGUCAACAGACAGGAAGCGACGCUCACAGGAGAGUGAGUGCACCGAUAGUACAUCAGAACUCACUAUUGCCACGAUGCCCAAUGACGGCCCCACCUCUGCCGCUGUGGCUCUUCUAUCAGAUGAAUCUGGCCUGGUUAACCCAGCUUUCGACCCCAGCAUGGAGGACAACAGUCAGUCAGGCAGCAUGACCAGCCUGGCCGCUCGCAGCAGCAACAAAAAGAUCCGAAAUUUUGACCGGUCUUCUGUGAGGAGCCGCUCCUUCAGGAGGUUGAAUCGGGCGUUCAGUGUUCUACGGAGGACCAAGAGUGGCACUGCAGUCAGCAAUGAGACGUCUGAGGAGAGGGAUAAUGCCAGGAAUUCCAGUGUGCCUCCAGAAAUGCUUGCUCUCCCUCAGUUACAUCACCUGAUCCCCGAUGGUGAAGUUACCAGUAUUAAAAUCACACGACAGGAUCCUUCAGAUCCUCUGGCCAUUAGCAUUGUGGGCGGCAAUGAGACCCCUCUGGUCCGCAUCCUCAUCCAGGAUAUAUACAGAGAGGGUGUCAUAGCUCGGGACGGUCGCUUGCUGCCUGGGGACAUGAUUCUAAAGGUAAAUGGCAUUGACAUCAGCAACGUGCCUCACUCCUUUGCAGUGGCAUCCCUGAGACAGCCCUGCCAACUCCUGCGGCUAACUGUGCUCAGAGAGCAACGCUACCGCUACCGCUCACACUCCCAUGGCUAUCCAUACAGUCACGGCCAUGAUGCCGCUGGGGGCCACCAGUCACACAGCCUCUCCCAACAACUGAGAGAUGACAGUAUUCAUGUAGUUCUGAGUAAAAGCACUCCAGAUGAGCAGCUGGGCAUUAAGCUUGUGCGGCGGGCGGAGGAGCACGGGGUCUACAUCUUUCACCUGCUGGAGGGCGGCCUGGCGGCACGUGAUGGACAGUUGUGCAUUGGUGACCGCGUGCUGGCCAUCAACGGGCACGACCUUCGUUAUGGGGCGCCAGAGCACGCUGCUCUGCUCAUUCAGGCAAGUGAGCAGAGCGUUCACUUCGUAGUGUCUCGUCAAAUUUGCCUGCCCACACCAGACAUCCUACAAGAAGCUCCAUGGGGCGUGGAAGGUCCCCCGCCAUAUUCCCCCGUAGACAUGGAGCAAACACUGCUGGACUCUUGUCAGAAGCCUGCGUGCUACGAGAAGACAGUUACGCUCACUAAAGAGCCGUAUGACUCCCUGGGCAUGACAGUGGCAGGUGGCAUGUCCAGUCGAGGGUGGGACCUUCCCAUCUAUGUCACAAAUGUAGACCCUGAUGGGGUGGUGGGACAAGAGGGCUCCAUUCACAAAGGUGACAUCUUGUUGAACGUGAAUGGGGUGGAUUUGACGGGGGUGACUCGGGGUGAGGCUGUGGCCAAUUUGAAGAACACCUCAUCUCCUGUUGUGCUCAAGGUCCUGGAGAUGCGUCCUCCUGAUGAAAGCCCACAGGAGUGCUCGCUGCCACCCUGUCUCACCUCGUCCCCCACAGACAGCACCAAGAGCCCCCUGCCUAAUGACGACUAUUCCCCACAGUGGGUUUCAUGGUUGCAGCUACCUAGACCACUCUACUACUGCAAAGACAUCGUCCUGCGGCGGAACACGUCAGGAAGCCUGGGCUUCAGUAUCGUUGGAGGUCAGGAGGAGGUUAACUGCAAUCAAUCCUUUUUUAUCCGCUCCAUCGUGGAGGGGACACCAGCCUACAAUGAUGGCAGGAUAAGGUGUGGGGACAUCCUGCUUGAAGUGAAUGGGAAGAGCACAUGGGGGAUGACACACACGGCUUUGGUUCGCCUCCUGAAGGAGCUCCGGGGGAAGAUCACCCUGACCAUUGUCUCUUGGCCAGGCAGCCUGCUGUAACAGUGCUCCAAGCCAUCUAGCACUGCUCCAGUGGUACUGACCUGGGGAUUGUGAAGCUAUAGACUGGGCAGCCACCCUAAAGCUUGCUGUGUGGGAGAAGCUCAGAGUUGUGGUGCCGCUGUGCAGAUCCCUCACUUCAAAUGGCCUGCAGGGAAUUGGCCAGCAGUUUGCAGGGGGUAGAGAUUAAAGACUGGGUUGUUACCAGAAAGUUAACUUGCCCCUUUGGGAAUGCUGAACUGGAAGGAUCCAGGCUGGAACCCCUUCUAACUCAUUCAUUGUGUGUCAACUGUUUACUGGACAUUGUCAGUGUAUGGAACAGCAGCCAGUGAGUGGGGUGGGAGGCCUGAGAGGAGAAACAACGUGUUGCCAAUUUCAGUAGAUAUAUAUUAGGAUAUGCAUUCAGAUGGACUCACAUUUCUUUAUGUAAAUGUUGAGUGUCUCAAAAAAUAAUUACAGAUUCAGAUACUUGUAAUAUGUUUCUUUUGUUUGUUGUAUGGCCUUUUAAUGUAGGCUUUAUUCUGUUUGUACUGACAGUGGUUGUCAUCUUCAUCUGUUGAACUGAAGACACGUUGCCAAGUAGUAGUCUGUGAGGUCUCUCUCUGUUGUCUCAGAAGCUAUGGCAAAAUUAUCAAAACCACUGGCAAGCAAAGAUACAUGAAAAAAGGAUCGAUGUGUUCACAACAUGUUAAAAAGUUACAUUUAAUUAGGAGAUGUUGUGGAGGCCUUACUGAUUUUCUUACUUUUGAGAAAAGCAACUGAUAUUUCUGUUUCAGUGGAUGGCCUGAGGCCCAUCUGCUGUGGUUCUAUCUGUCACGCUUCAGCCUGUGUAGUCAAUCUAAUGGUGCAUCUGGUUAAAAGAUAAAUAAAGUUGUUUGGAAAAAAA